UUAACAGUCCUAGUCGUGGUUCUAGGAGGUUCAACCAGCGUCCAGCGACCAAGUGCUUUUUGUGUCGUGUCGUGUGUAUCCCAAGUGUAUCCCUCUCACCCAACGCUCCUUCCUUUCGAAGCUCAACUUUGUGAUUAGCUCUCUGUGAAACCCUCGAAAAUGAAGCCAUUUUUGAUUGCCGCCGCUCUGCUCGUCUCGACGGUGUCCGCCUCGUGGCACGGAGCUGUCUCCACACAGUACCAGCACCUGGAUCCCCAUAGCCAUACCUACUCCUACGGCUACGCCGAUCCCAACUCACAGAAGCACGAGACGCGCGGCCACGAUGGCACCACCCGAGGCUCAUACUCCUACGUGGAUGGACACGGUCAUGUUCAGUCCGUCUCCUACACCGCGGAUCCCCAUCACGGCUUCAAUGCCGUUGGCACCAACCUCCCCCAGGCCCCCCAUGCCGCUCCCGUCUACGCUGCCCACUCCGCUCCUGUCUACGCUGCCGGCCACGCCCACUCUUACGCCCAUGGCAUCCACAUCCCUGUCCUGACGCACGGAGGCGUUCCCGUCGACACUCCUGAGGUCCAGCACGCCAAGGCCGCUCAUGCAGCUGCUCACGCAGCCGCUGCCCACAAUGCCGGAGCAGGCCAUCAUCUGUACAAGCGUUCGAUCUACGGAGGAGGCUGGUCCUACGGAGCACCUGCCCAUGUCCCACUCACCCACGGUGGAGUGCCCGUCGAUACUCCCGAUGUCCAGGCAGCCAAGGCUGAGCACUAUGCGGCCCACGCCAAGGCUCUGGGUCAGGUGGCCCAUGCCCAUGGCGCUCCCGUCGAGACUCCUGAGGUUCAGCACGCCAAGGCAGCUCACUUUGCCGCCCAUGCAGCCGCCCGCUCCGGCCAUGUCGGUGCUCCUAUCGCGCACGGCAACUACCACGUCCCCGUGAUCCACAACGGAGUGCCCGUCGACACACCUGAAGUCCAGCAUGCCAAGGCCGCCCACUACGCUGCCCUCUCGCAGGCCUCCGCCCACGGCAGCAGCGGCCACAGCUCCUGGGAUGACGGACGCUAUGACGGUCGCUGGGAGUCCAGCCACAACAGCCACAACGCCUACGCCAGCGGCUACGCGCACAACGGUCCCAUCCACAUCCCAGUGAUCCACAACGGUGUGCCCGUGGAGCCCGCAGAGGUGCAGCAUGCCCGUGCCGCUCAUCUGAACGCCGUGGCUGCCGCCAGUCAUGGCGGUUCCGGUGCCCAUGGAGGCUACUACGGCGGAGGUGCAGGUGGUGCCCACGAGGACGAUGGCCAGUACCACGCGCACUACGACCACUACUAAGCCGGAGACCGAUGUAUUCCGGUGUAUUCGUGCCAGCGACAAUGACGAGCAUCUCUAUACAUUCUGCCUGACAUCCUUCGUUUCACUCUAACCGACUACCGAAGCCAGCUAGCUAUAUGUAACUGUCACCCUCCAGCAGCUCUCCAAUCUAUCUUUCUAUCCCUACUAUGUGUAUCUUUCACUAUCCUACACACACACACAUACGCACAACACGGGAGAUUGAAGCCACUCCUUUGGAAGUGGCUUCCUUGCCCGUUUAGCAACGAUUGAGCUUGAUUUGAGUUCCAGUUAAACUGUACCAACAACCUACAUCUACAUCUUUCUACAAGCCUCUACUUUCUUUACUUUCCUACUUGCCUUCUCAUCUUUAUCUGUAUAAACUGUUUUCCAUAUCCUUUCCGAUUCCUUCCAACUUCGUUUGAGAAACGCUGAAUGAGUAUGUUGUAAAUAACUGUUGUAAUCUUUAUGUAUCUGAACAGAUAUGAAUCUAUAUAUUAUACGAAACUGCAAACAGACAAAUAAA